UUUACUUUUAAUUGUUCAUUACGAUUCAAACUCUACUGUAAACUCAAUUGAAAUUUUUUCUAUAAUUCUCUUUUAUUUUUUUCAUUACUCCUCUUUGUGUUCUCUCAAUUUUGAUUUUUUGUGAAACUAUCUCAAAACCACCAAAACCACCAAAAACAGAAAUCAUAAAAGAAAUGUCUCAAGAGAUUGCUUUAAAGUUUUAUCUUGCUUCUAUUUCUCACUAAUUCUUAAACAUAAUCGCACUUUAAUCAACAAUGAUUUUGCUUUUGCUACUUUUUAUGUUUUAUUACUUGGCUCUUGCGAUUACUAGGCCACCAGAGUGCUAUAAUACUUGUAUUAACGAAGUUGGAACAUGGUGUGAAAAGCACCAAGAUGAUAUCAACUGUCUUUGCUUCAAUAAAAGAUCUGUUAUAGGAUGUUUACAAGACCUUUGUGAUAAUUCUAUCAACUUGCAGUUUUUUCAAGGAAGAGAUCACUUUACUGGAAUUUGUUUGGCAAAUGGGAUUGACUUAACUACUGCACCAUAUAAUACAACUGGUGAACAAGAAGCCCAAAGAUUUACUAAUACAAUCUUUUCUUCGACCUUAACUGAAUUGAAACCCGAGCCAACAAUUUUAAAUCAGGUAUCAAAAUUUGUUAAUGAAGAAAUCCCGAUAAGUGGUGAUAAAAGUCAAAUAGUUCAUGUUGAUGGUAACGGAUUGGAAAAGUUCAAACUUAAUACAAAUUUGCUAAAAGAGAAAAUUAAGUCAAGAUUAGGUGGAUCAGAAAAGGAAAAGGAAAAGGAAAAAGAACAAGAGCAAGAACAAGAAGAGGAAAGCCAAGAUGAAGAUGAGGAAAUGUAUGAAGGAAUCGAUCAACUACCAAUUUUAAAUCAAGAAGAUUUUAUAUCAAAAGAUGAAAUUAAUCAAGAAAUUUUAGAAAAUCAAAAAAAUGACAACCAAAAAUAUAAAGAAUCCGAAACUAUUGGCUUUUCAGAUGCUGAAGUCUCACCAAAUUAUUUCCCAAUCAAAAAUCAAAAAUUGAAUAGAAAACCAUCAUAUCCAGUUACAAUUAGAAAGGUUGGGCCAACAUCAUCGAAUCAAUAUAUUUUGCUUAAAAAACCUAAACAAAGACCUGACUUGGAAAUUACAGAACCUAUUUAUGAAGCAGUUGCAGUAGCAUCUCAAAAUAAUAGAAAUAGAAAUAGAAAAACUAAUCAAGGUUACAAAAGAAAAGUUAUUAGACCAGAAAUUUCUCAAAAUUUGAAAUCUUCAAAUGAUUUUGUAAGUCAAGCAUCAAGUGUCGAGUAUAACGAUUUUAGUAUCAAUGGUGAAAAUAGAAAUAGCCCUAAAAAUGAUAGAAAAGAUAGAAAGGAGCAAAAUUAUGAGGAACAGGAUAAAAUUGAAAGAAAGCCUGAAGCCAUAUUAAUAUCAUCACCAAAUCAAGCCCGCACCAAGGUAAAGGCGAAUGGAUUACCAGAACCACCUUUAAAUAUUUAUAAGAAAACCAGACAUGAAUACAAUUCAGAUGGUAUUGAAAUCAAUGGAAAUCCAGGAGGAGGAUAUUCGGGAUAUUCAGGGAAUUUGGGAUACUCUGGAUAUUCCAAUCCAUUAAAAUUUAACGAUAUUAAAAGAAGAAAAUUGAAAUUAUUAAAACAAAUUCCAAGCAGAAAAUUUCAAAAACAAACAUUAGGCACAAAUCAUCCUUAUGUUUCGCAUCAUAUGCCAGAACUUAUGUAAUGAGUAUUAUGGUUUAAAAAUAUAGGAACACUAGUUGGUAGUUGGGUUGAAUUGAUAUAAUGGAAAUCUAACUGUGUAUAAAUAUUUUUUUUCUUUAUAUUUCAUUUUUUAACAAACCAUGA